CACAGACCUACAGACCUACAGACCUACAGACCCACAGACCCACAGACCUACAGAGCCGACAUGGAGAUGGUUGAGCUGUAAGAGUUAGGGACGGUUAAAGGGGAGGAGGGAGUAAAAGUGGGUUUUGAGGCGAGUCUUAAAGGUCUGGAUGGAGGGGGAGAACCUGAUGGAGGGAGUUCCACAGUCCCGUCCCCGUAACACUUAGUCCUGAACCCUCGGACUGACAGAAGUCUUUGGUCAGACCAUCUUCGUUCUCUCGUUGUGUGAUACGAGGACAAGAGUCUGUGACGUAAGAGACCCUUCAACAGUCUGUAGACGAACAUCAGGGUUAGAAACUCCAUCCUGGUUUUAAAUGUUCUCCUCCUCUUAGUUCUGGUUCAAACUCUGAUCUUCUGAACUAGACAAGACAAAAGAGACCGAGUGAUCUUCAAAUAUACGAUAGUCGAGGUUCUCCAGGUCAGAGGUCGUAAGAAAUGAUCAGAUUUUUGAGACGAUGCGUGAAGCUUGAUUUUACGACCUGAUUUAUUUGUUUGUCAAACUUUAAUCAAAGACGACAGUCGAAGAGAAGAGCGGCGAGAACGUUGGUCCAAACAGAAUAACUUCAGUUUCUGAAGGUCCCUUAGUUUGUUGUCGUUGUUCGGCUCAGUGGGGGGUAGAUCUGUGUGUCGUCUCUAUAAGAGGGAAAAGAUUUUAAUCAUGUGACCAAAGGGAAGAAAAUAGAUGGAGAAGAGAACUGGACCGAGUUUGGAACCUUGGGGGACCCCACAGGAGACGGGGGCUGAGGAAGAAGAAGAGGAGACUCUGAAUGAUGAAAACCGGUUUAAGAUCUGAACCAGGUUUUAAGAAGUGGUACGGCUUCUCUUCGACCAUCGGACUGACAGUAAAACUCAACCGUCUGACUUCAGACAGACAAACACACCGCUGGACUUUCACCUCUGCAGAGCCGGGACCAGAGCCAGAGACCUGCAGACUUUCACAGUGGGGGUGGUUGUCCUGGUUUGAGGAGAACACUUCCACAUUUGGAGGUCCUGUUUUAGUGUCGAGUCAUCAUCAAACCUGUUCCUCAAAAAGGUUUUUUUACUUCUCUGGAAAAUGAAUUUAUUCUGGACAGCAGGGAGUGAAUGAAUCAACGAGAACCGCCGAGACCUCGUCCUUCAGAAAACCUGAACAUAAAGGGUUAAAAGCUCCGAUGAGGGUUCAGUGCUGUUUAACCCGGAGCAGGCGACCCUGACCUUUGACCUCCAGAUAACAAACAAACCCUUCAGUGGGGCUUUUCUCCGCUCCGGCCCACGCCUGAGGUUCUGUCCUCCUUUUCUGCCAGCUCAUCAGAUUUUCUAAGAAUCAUCUGAUUUUUCUUCCUCUUUUUGUAAAUAUUAGUCUGUGAGUCACUUUCCAUCGUUCCUGUUUUGAGCCUCUGUUCCCGUCCUUCCUCUUUCCCCUCCUGCAAAAAAACAAACAAAAAAAAAAGAUCAAAUUUCAUCCUGAAAACCUUCAAAACCUUCUUUUCUAAAUAUCAGUCACUUUGAAAAAUAAAACGAAGGUCUUUUUUAUUUUUCUCUUCAUCCUUGUAGUUUCUGGGAGGUCGGCGAGCCCAACAACCACAUCAACGAGGACUGUGGCUACAUCGUGAAGACCCGGGUGUUGGAGCGGGUGGCGAUCCGGAGCUGGUACGACGCCCCCUGCACCAUGUACUGGCCCUUCAUCUGUGAGAAGGAGAUGGGCCCCGGAGCCAGCACGGCCGUCCCACACUAGAGCUUCAACUGGACUCUGAAAAUCCAGGACAGAGGAAGACGUGGAGCGAAGCAGAAGACGUCCAAAUGAAUCCGACGAUUGUUAAAAAAACAAGUAAAAAUUUUAACGUUAACGAACUUUAACCUGCAGUUUUGAUUCUGCGUCGCACUGAUCAUUUAAAGCUCCACUAAGAAGUUUUUAUCUUGUUUAACACAAACGAACACAGACGAGCAAAUAUUUUCUGUAAAAACUAGAGCCCGACCGAUUUAUCGGCAAGUCGAUUAAAUCGGCCAAUUUUAGCGUGUUUGAGACUAAUCAGUAAUCGGCCAAAACUCGAUGAUUUUCAGAAAUAAAAUGCGGAGAAGAAGAUUCGGUUUCACUUUGAAAAUGUUCCUCCAUUUGAAAAGUUCCCUGACUUACCCUGUAGAUGGCGCUACAGCGACCUCAUGACGAUCUUCAUUCACUAACUUCCUAACAGCACAGCAGUAGAUAAAAACGCUUUUCUGGUCCGAGUUUAAUCAGUCGGUCUUCCUGUCAGCGUUAAAUGCAGUAGCCUGCAGUAUAUCGACAGUAUACUAUACUGUAUACUGUACAUAUACUGUAGUAUACUACAGUAUAUCUACAGUAUACUAUAUACUGUACAUAUCUACAGUAGUAUACUACAGUAUAUCUACAGUAGUAUACUGCAGUAUAUCUACAGUAUACUAUAUACUGUAAAUAUCUACAGUAGUAUACUGUAGAUAUCUACAGUAUAUUGUAUACUGUAGAUAUACUGUAGUAUACUACAGUAUAUCUACAGUAUACUAUAUACUGUAAAUAUCUACAGUAGUAUACUGUAGAUAUUUACAGUAUAUAGUAUACUGUAUACUAUACUGUAUACUGUAUACAGUAGUAUACUGUAGAUAUUUACAGUAUAGAUGUAUUUUUCAUAAUCAUAAUAAUAUCAUAAAAAACUUUAAAAAUUGUCCGAUUAAUCGGUAAUCGGAUUUCUUUCCCCCCUAAUAAUCGGUCCCUAAAAACCCAUUUGGGUCGGGCUCUAGUAAAAACAUGAAGAUGAACUUUAAGAGCUUCGAACAACUUUAAAGGAACUUCUGCUCCGUGUUGAUUCUGGCGCCCCCCUGUGGACAGAGAGGCGUUCCCAGUUAAAUAUACUCACAGGAGCUUUAAUGACGUCACAUUUUUAGAUUCAAAGAUCAGGGAGAAACUUUUAACGUGUUUUUGACCGUGAACAGAGGGCGGUGCUGUCUGUACAUACAUAUGUUUACUGAUGAUGAUGACGAUGAUGGUGAUGAUGAUGAUGAUGAUGACGAUGUUGACGAUGAUGAGGAUGAUGAUGAUGGUGUCUGUCUCGGCACCGCAGUGACGAGGAGGAUUCGCUUGUUGAAUCUUGAUGGUUUUUUAAAGUUUGAUUGAAACUUUUCUUAUUUUUACAUAAAUCAGAUGUUUAAAGUUAAUUUUGUAAAGAAAUAAAAAAAAAGAUCUCUCAGUUUA